AUGUUUGUUCCUGCCUCCCACUGCAUUUCAUGGUUUGCUGUGCUCGGCACUGUAUGUCUGGCCACAGUCAUCCUUAAUAUCAUCAUCAUUAUUAUAUUUGCGAAGCAGCGCCGGCUACAGAGGAAGAGUACAUACUUGAUCAUCCAUUUGGCCAUAGUUGAUCUCUUAGUCGGGGCGGUUACUGGGCCUCUUUGGAUUGAAUUGUUUGGGACCUUGUACUGCGAUCUUUGGGAGUACGAUCUGCCUAAUAGCAUUUGGUUAUCCGCACUAGAGGACGCGACUGGGUAUAGUAUCGAUAAAGUCUCGCUUCUUAACCUCGCUUUUAUUGCAUUAGAACGAACGCACGCAACAUUCUUUCCUUUCAAGCAUCGUUCUGUAAAGAAAUGGGUUUAUGGAGUGGUUAUAAUUUUCUCAUGGUUAGUCCCUGCAAUCAUGAUCUUUACAAUGCAUGGACUAACAAUCUUCAAUCAUGUUGGCCUUAAAAUUAGUUUGGUUAUCUCCUCAUAUAUUUCUAUUCUUCUUUUACUUAUAUUUGCAUGCUAUGUUUCUAUUUACGUCAAAGUUCGUGGUGAUCGUUUUGCUCAACUCCAUGGUGCAGCCGGUCUGAGGGAAAGAAAACUGAAAAGUACAAUGUUUCUUGUCACAUUUGGAUCGUUGUUAACCUUCCUACCGCUGGUGAUAUUCUGGGGUGUUGUGGCUUUUGAUUUUAAUCUGUUUUUCAGCCUUCCCAUCGAUUAUGCUUUCCAUAUUCACAUGGCCGUGGUAACAUUUUAUGUGUUCAACUCGCUAAUAAAUCCUAUAAUUUACGCCGUACGGAUGCCACAACUAAGAGCAGGUAUAUUACAAAUAAUAUUCCGUAGGACUCCACGCCAUCAACACCGGGUCAACACUCCACUUCAGGAUCGUUAG